CAUGUGUAAUAUUUACAGUAGAAUUAUUUAGAAAUGAUUUGUUGACAAAGAAGCUGUUUGUUGCUUUGUUUUGGCUGUAUUCUGCAUCUAUUUUUCCGGCGUUUCCGCGGACAGCUGUGAGCUCGAUUCGAGUGUUUUGUUGUGUGGAAUAAACAUGGCCGAUCUGACGGACUGUGCAGAAAUGAAGGAUAUAUUGGAGAUCAUUGGCUCUUAGAGAGAGAGAGAGAGAGAGAGAGAGAGUUUGCAGCAUCAGUGUUGCUCUGUGAUUGUUGAUGAUUCAGCAGGAGAAGCCGUUUGCGGGCAGCAUGCCGGUGGUGUGGCCCGCGCUGCUCGACCUCAGCAGGGACGAAUGCAAGCGAAUCCUGCGCAAACUGGAGCUGGAGGCGUACGCUGGUGUGAUCAGCGCUCUGAGGGCUCAGGGAGAGCUCACUAAAGACAAGAAGGAGCUGCUCGGAGAACUCACCAGAGUCCUCAGUAUCUCAACAGAACGUCAUCGAGCUGAGGUCCGCAGAGCCGUGAAUGAUGAGCGUCUGACCACCAUCGCCUAUCACAUGUCCGGGCCCAACAGCUCAUCCGAAUGGUCUAUCGAGGGCCGUCGGCUCGUUCCUCUGAUGCCCAGACUGGUUCCUCAGACGGCCUUCACUGUAACGGCCAACGCCGUGGCCAGCGCCACCGCACAUCAGAACUCUUCACUGCUCCCGCCGACGGAAACCGGCAACAAAGAAGUGGUGGUGUGUUAUUCCUACACCAGUACAACAUCCACCCCCAGCAGCACCAGCGUGCCAGCAGUCGUGAAAUCCCCCCGACCCGCCAGCCCCGCCUCCAACGUUGUGGUGCUGCCCAGCGGAAGUACCGUCUACGUGAAGAGUGUGAGCUGCUCCGAUGAGGAUGAGAAACCUCGUAAGAGGCGGAGAACCAACUCGUCAAGCUCCUCCCCUGUGCUGUUGAAGGAGGUGCCAAAAGUGGCCACGCCCAUUUCGAAAACCAUCGCCGUUCCUGUGAGCGGCAGCCCGAAGAUGAGCAGCCUGAUGCAGAGCAUCGCCAACUCACUCCCGCCUCACAUGUCACCGGUGAAGAUCACCUUCACCAAACCCUGCACCCAGACCACCAACAGCACCACGCAGAAGGUCAUCAUCGUGACGACCUCUCCGAGCUCCAACUUCGUGCCAAACAUUCUGUCAAAGUCACACAACUACGCAGCCAUGUCAAAGCUGGUGUCCAGCGGCGCGUUCUCAGCGGCCAAUCAGAAACAGACCAUGGUGAUUUCAGCCAGCGCAGCCCCGGGACCUAGUCCUGUUGCCGUGACGACAGUGGUUUCCUCCACCCCUUCAGUGGUGAUGUCCACGAUCGCGCAGGGUGGGUCGUCCACCGGAGUGAAAGUGUCCUCCACCCGUCUACCUUCUCCCAAAGCUUUGGUCGGUCCUCCGUCUCAGAUUCUUCACAUCCCCAAACAGCAGCAGACAUCAGCUCAAUGUGUGUCUCCUAAAGGCCUGCAGGGGUCCCAACAGAGCAGCGGUAUGCCCCCCGGAGCCAAACCUACCAUACAGAUCAAACAGGAGUCAGGUGUGAAGAUCAUCACUCAGCAGAUGCAGCCCAGUAAGAUCUUACCCAAACCCUCGGGUUCAGUGCUGCCCAGCAGUAGCUCCGCCCCCAUCAUGGUGGUCAGCAGCAACGGAGCCAUUAUGACCACCAAACCACUUUCCAAUCCCACCGGGAGUCCGGCGACGUACACGCGCCCGUCUGUCAAUCCUGCGCUCGCCGCCCGUGUGGCCACGUCACCGGCGGGGGCCACUUACGUCAAGACCACCAGUGGCAGCAUCAUAACCGUCGUGCCCAAAUCUCUCGCCACGCUGGGCGGCAAAAUCAUCACCACCAACAUGGUGACAGGAACCACAACAAAGAUCACCACCAUCCCCAUGACCUCCAAACCCAACGUGAUCGUGGUGCAGAAGACCACUGGAAAAGGAACCACUCUACAGGGACUUCCGGGAAAGAACGUGGUUACGACGCUGUUAAAUGCAGGGGGAGAGAAAGGCCUGCAGGGGGUGCCCGGGGCCAAGCCGGCCAUUAUCACAGCUUCUCGACCCAUCACUAAAAUGAUUGUGACGCAGCCCAAGAGCCUCUGCGCCGGCGUUCAGUCCUCCACCACCACCAAGAUCAUCCCCACCAAGAUUGUGUACGGACAGCAGGGAAAAACACAGGUUCUGAUCAAGCCGAAGCCCAUGGCCUUUCAGACAGCCGUGGUGAGCGAACAGACCCGACAGCUGGUGAGCGAGACGCUUCAGCAGGUCUCACGCUGUGCAGAAUCCAGCGCCGUCGCAGGUCCCAGCCAGGAGGGGGCGAUGAAGGAGGAUGCAGAGGGCAGUGCAGCGUCCGACAUCACUCACGACUCUCAACCUGUGGUUCACUUCAUCACCUCCAGAGGUCAGGAUUGGACAGAACAGGAGGUUUCAGUGGAGGCCAGUCCCACCAUCAUUUAUCAGGACGUGACGGGAGAGUCUCAGUCAGCUACAUCCACCAUCAAAGCCCUGCUGGAGCUACAGCAGACCAGCGUGAGGGAGAAAGGUGAAGCCAAACCGCGCCAGCACACGAUUGAUCUGAGUCAGAUGGCAGUGCCCAUCCCUGUGCCCCCCGACAGGAGGCCGUCCCCCGAACCGUCCACUCAGAGCGCAGCAGAGCCUGGCACACUGACUGAAUACAUGGGUAAAGUGAGCAAAGCUCUGAUUGGUGGAGAUGUUUCUGCAUCCAGUGUUCAGACUGUCUCCUGCUCUCCAUCACCAGUGCCGCCCGCUGCCAAGAGCACCAACCCCCCGCCCACAUCCGCUCUCGUCUCACAGCAGGUGGAGGUGUCUGAGAGUGGAGACUCAGAGGAGCAGAUGGUGGUCGAGGAGGGCCAGUUAGAGGGGGACACUUUAGAUCCUCAGACGGGUUUGUUUUACCGCUCGGCUCAACCCGUCACUCAGCAUCGCACGGCACCGCCCACCCUCAGCAAACCUGCUGCUGACACCCUCGCUUCAGCUAAGAGGGUGGAGCCCGUUGCGGGCAGAGCAUCUGUGCCGCGAGAGAGUCCCGCCCCCUCUUCCUCUCUGACAUCAUCUGCUGGCUCUCAGCCGGCCGCAUCCUCAAACGCUCCUCAAACUCCACAGCUGCCCAGACUCCAGCAGGCCCCCACCUCACACAACCGACCCAACACACACACACAGCUGUCACAGCCUCCGCCCCUGCAGGCGCAUCACCCUGUCCCAAAGACCCCCAUCAGCGCUCAGGUGCCCAUCAUAACGCAGGGCGCCACCCUCACGAAGAUCACGUUUGGGGGUCAUCAGUGUCCGCCCGUGUCCAGCAGUGCCGAGGCGUCUGUUAAACUCCAGCCGGAGUCCAGCAGCGGUGCGGCAAACUCCGAGAAACCCUCGGUGUCUGACAUCCUGAAGAUCUCCAUGAUGAAAGCCGAGAUCGACCCGAGCGCUGAGCCCAUGGUGGUGGACUCGUCCAGUGACUGCGGCCCGCUGACCAAAGCCCCGCCCACAUCAUCACUCAUCAGCAGCUCCAAACCCGCACACGGACCCUUCAGCCACAUCAAGAGUAAAGACGUGGACAUCAUACAGGUCAUCCCUCAGUUCUCCAUCAUGCCAGACUCCAGUCAGUCUAAUGUGGUCGUGGAGCCCAGUGGCUUUCUGGAGAUCACCGAUUAUACCAGCCAGCGUCUGGACGAGGAGUCGGUCAUGGAACAGGAAGUGGACAGCAGCAACGACGAGGGGGCGGAGCCCAGCCCGGUCGAGGCGUGCACUGACCAAUCACAGUGAACAUGACAUUUGAGGUGUGCUCUCGUGCACAUGAAUUGAAGGGACACCUCCUGGACCGUUCAGAUGUUGUGAUGGUUUCUAUUUGUGUUGGAGAAUCACUGAGCGUCUGUGUGUAGUGCUACUCCAACGUUUGUGUUUAACAGUCAACAGAUUCCUCAACCGCUUAGACUUGAUUCAGAGACGGAUGAUCCGCUUCUUCCUGUGGGUCCUGCUCACGCUCUUCUCUCUGAAAACUCUGCUCCGCCUCAUUUGUGUCUCUUGAUGUGACGUUUAACAUUUUAACUGUAUAAACUUUACUACACGACA